AUGUCUAGAACAAUUGCGAUUUCGACAAGCUGCAUUUUUGCCUUCUUGAUGUUGACAAACAAACUUGAAGCAGCCGCAGUUGGUGAAACAGCUUUAAAUCCAGGAAAUUUUUUAAACAUCUUAUCAUUGAUUUCAGAAAAUUUGCCUAUUGAAGAUAAAUCUCUAAAUGAAACAGUGAAGAAUUGUCCAAAGCUCUGGACUCAAAAAGAAAAAAACAAUGAAGCAACAGGAAUCCUUGGAUCAUUCACUGAGCUUCAAAAGCUUUGUCCAGAAAAAAGUAAAAAUUCCUCUCUUGUCUGUAGUGCAGCCAUUUGGACUUCAAAGUAUGUUUGCACUGCAAGCCUAGGAGACACACGUCAACUACCUGAUAUCCGAAAUUUGAAAGAUCUGACUAAUGUAAGUGAUUUGUGCAAUGCACUAGUUAGAAAUGCAAAUCUUACACAAACACUGUGCGGUAUUGUUAAAGAUAGACUACUGAAAACAACAAGCAAUUCACCAGUGCUUAAAGAAAAACUUGACAAAAUUUGUAGCUUACCUAAUGAAUCAGAUAACUGUGAACAAUAUUGUAGUAAAGAAAAUCAAAACCUCUGUAAGAUUAUACUCCAAAGCUUGAGGACAAUUGUCUUUUGGGAGGAAAAGAAAGAAAAUCAGUUGAAAGAAACAGUUGCCAAGGAUGUAGAAACAGAAUCAACACCCACAGUUGCUGUUAAAGCUGCCUUCAACCCCUCGCCAUUAAAUCAGAAUUUGACUGAAACACCAGUUGUCAAACAAGAUGAAGAUCAACCAAUUCAAGAGGGUAAUAAAGUAUCACCAGCAAAAAACAUUUCUUUAAGUACUCCAACACUAUCAGCCACCACCACCACGACUUCUACCAAGAUGGACACCGAAAAGAACCAAUUUCCCUUGAUUCCAAAGGCGUCUUCAAGUGAAGUGCCAAAAACUACGAAAUCACCAUCGACUGUGUCAACGGUCAGUGACCCGCCAUCGUUGAACACAGAAACAACAGUAACAGACGAGGACUUUGGAUUGGACGAUAAUUUUGGAUCUGCCGACAAACCCCCGAUAAAAACUGCUGAUGAAGAUCCACAAUCAUAUGAAGUUGGUGACGACAUGGACAAGGAAGAAAAGGGUAUGGAUAAACAAGACGAAAGAAUUCCAGUGGAAACGCAAAAGACUGUUCCUAGUUACGAUCUGCCGUCUGAAAUCGAUGGUGACCCUAUCAACACACACUUUCUUUUCUAUUUUAUUGCCUUCGUUAUCUUGUCUGCCUGCGGAUAUCUGAUGUUUAUGCGUAGGAAAUAUCUAAUCGCAUUGGUGUUAGAAGGUCGCUCCAAUUCGAGUAGGAGACGGAGCAGUUCCUUGCGAGAACGCCCUUCAUCAGGGAACUAUCGUAAAUUGGUUAACAAUCUUGAAGAAGCCAUAACAUCAAACUCUGUCAAAAACUCUAACGUUAUAUAUUAAAAGUGAGGAUUUGUCGAUUUAAUUAAUGUAUAAAGUACGAAUAUGUAAUGGAAUAAAUUGGAUACAAAUUUC